AUGUCCCUUUCGCCGAGCCCAAUAUCUGUUUCGGACGACGAGGAAACGUCUGUAUUCAAUGCCGCCGAUGCUGACAUCCGUCUGCGCUCGUCGGACGGGGUCGUCUUCGCCGUCCACCGACUACUCUUACGCUGGAUAUCACCCUUCUUUGCGGACAUGCUCUCUCUGCCCCAGCCCACCGACGGCGAUGCAGAUAAGCCCAUGAUAGAAAUGUCAGAGGAUGCGACAUCUCUCCGCCUACUUCUGUGCUUCAGCUACCCGCGCACGCAGUGUCCUGAGCCUUCGCUCACGACCGUGACCGACAUCAGGCGCGCUGCUACCCUCGCGCGCAAAUUCGACUGCGGUCCUCUGGUCCGUGCGGUAGGGCAUGCCAUUGUGCAGCUCGCACAGAAGCAUCCAGAGGCGGCGUACGCACUUGCGUGGAAGUUCGAGCUCAGAAUCGCCCUGCGCGCUUCCGCGCGUGCGAGCGUCUGCCGUACUUGGUUCAUCGAGGACGGGCGGGUCGUGCCCGAGUUCAACGAUCUACCCGCGCAAUCUAUCAUACUGCUAGGCAGAUAUCGGUCUGCCUUUUAUGAUGCAGUUCUGCGGGAGCUAAGCAUCGACGAGCUGCACCCACAUCCCGACUGGAUCGCCAAAGCCGACGUGGAGUCGGCUCGCGAGUUGCGGCCCAUUGAACCCCAUUCCGAGCAUCCUGGUCCCUGUGUCUGCAAGAUAUGUUCAUGCGAGAAGUUCAUGAUGGGCUUUCGGUUCUCUCGCAACCCAGAGGCCUUUCUCUUCAAUCAACUGCUCCCGUACGAUACGCCACGGUGGUGGUUGAACUUCGUAGCCAACGUUCUUGCGUCAAUCAAGGCAUCGUCAAUUGACGCGGCCAUAUUGAAAGCAGCUCGGACAGCACGGAAGGAAGUGCGAGCAUGCCCUCGAUGCUGUCCCCUCUUAGACUUCGAUGAUGCCCUGAUCACAACCGGUGUACUACUGAAGGAGGCAAUAGAGCGCCAGUUGGAUAAAACCCCCCUGCACCCACCGUUCUAA